AUGAACCCGUUGUUAAGAUCCAUGUCUCACCCGGUUAUCAGAAGCCUUGGAUCAUUUCGAUGCUCGAGCACCUACGCUCGUGGUGCGGCCAGAAUCGGAGGCAAGAAUAAGUCAUCAAGGCAUAGUUUGGUCUCAACCAUCAAGAAGAGCCCUGCAAACCGUAACAAAAAAGAUGAACCUAGCUCGCAGAUCUUCCACUAUGGAGCUUUUGGUGGGCUUAAGGAAAUUAAUGCUCAAGACUCUCAGAAAACAGCAGGCAUCUUAUCUAAAGUGACAGAUUUUGAUCAACUCAAGAUUCUUCCCGAGGUCAGAACCGCAGUGAAAAAAGUCAUCUCCAGAGAAACAAUCGCAAAAAGUCCAGAUUUGACUGAGGCCUCUGAAAAAGAUAUUAAACCUUCUCCUGUUCAAGUGGCCGUCAUACAGAAACUAUCGAAGACGCUUACAAACAGACAAUUACAGGUUCACAUGGUGGCCGCAGAAACAGGCUCUGGCAAGACUAUGGCGUACUUAACGCCCCUUUUGGAUUACUUGAAAAGAGGAGAGCAGGAUGAUCCUGAGGGCUGGGAUCAAAUAAAAGAUAAGGCGAUCGUGAGAUCUGUGAUAUUAGUACCAACUCAUGAGCUAGUGGAACAAGUUUACAAAACCGUGAAAUUGAACGCAGACUUGCUUGGCCUACAUGCAUUCAGAUGGAAUAUGGACACCUCUUACAACGACUUCAUAGAAGCUGUGAAGGCAAGAAUAGAUCUUCUUGUAACUACACCGGGGAAAGUCUUGAACAUGUUCAAGGUGCGUAUAAUCAACAGGCCGGAAAGGCUGCUUUCUGGAGUUCGAUUUGCAGUGUUGGACGAGGCAGACACCCUUAUGGAUCGUUCAUGGCUAGAAGAAACUCACAGCGCGAUCAAAUCGUUCCCCAACGCCAAUCACCUCAUCUUUUGUUCAGCUACAAUCCCAAGUGAGUUCAGUAAAACAAUGGAUCGGCUUUUUCCAACUUCCGAAGCAAUCACUACUCCAAAGCUUCACAAAAUUUCUCAAAAAAUCGAUUUCAAGCUCAUUGAUGCUUCCCUGAAUCCCUACAAGGGCUCGAAACUAAAAGCUUUAGCACAAGCUCUCUAUGCUAUUAUGAAGGAUGGAACUGAAGAGGGUUUUGAAAAAAGGUGCUUGAUUUUCGUUAAUGAGAAAAAAGAUGCCAAGAAGGUCGCCGAACAGCUUACUGAACGGUAUGGUCACAAUUGUGUUAGUCUGACUGGUGAAGACGCAAUUUCUGAAAGGCUCGAUAAAAUCUCAGCUUUUGUGAAUCCGCCAAAACGUCUUAAUGAGGCACCUUCGAAGCUUUCAGAUGACAGCUCUAAAACGGUAAAACGAGAACCCACAAUGCUUCCUAAUUCAAACAUCAAGCUCACGACUUCCAGUUCGAAUUUGCAUGGAAAGAAAAAUACGUCUUUGAAAGUCCUAGUUACUACAGACCUGAUGGCCAGAGGCCUUAACUUUCAAGGCGUUAGAAAUGUUAUUCUCUUUGAUGUUCCAAAAACCUCGAUCGACCUUGUACAUAGGGCGGGCAGGACUGGUAGAAUGAUGCAAGGGGGUCGCGUUUUUAUGAUUAUUGAUAAAAAAACAAAGUCUUGGGCCAAGGCCGUUCCAAAGAUAGUAAGGAACAACAAAACACUAUCUUAA